AAAAAUUUUUUUUUUUGAAAAAAAUUUUUUUUUUUUUAACUGAAAAUCUUCAUAACAUUUUCAUAUUUCUACAAAGUCAACCAUUAGUAGAUAUGACCGAUACACUUUCACUCCGUGGAACGCUCGAUGGCCAUUCAAACUGGGUGACGGCUAUUGCUACUACUUCAGAAAAUCCCGAUAUGAUUUUAUCUGCUUCCCGUGAUAAAACCAUAAUCGUUUGGAACCUAACCCGGGAUGAAACCAAUUAUGGCGUACCUAAAAAGUCUCUCACAGGUCACAAUCAUUUUGUGCAAGAUGUGGUCAUUUCCUCUGAUGGACAGUUUGCUUUAUCUGCAUCAUGGGAUAAAACUCUUCGCCUUUGGGAUUUAAAUACCGGGACAACAACUCGUCGUUUUGUGGGUCAUGAUAAAGAUGUUCUUUCCGUAUCUUUUUCACCUGAUAAUCGUCAAAUUGUUUCGGGUUCAAGAGAUAAGACUAUCAAAUUAUGGAAUACACUUGGAGAAUGUAAAUUCAAUAUUCAGGAAGACGGUCAUUCUGAAUGGGUCUCAUGUGUAAGAUUUUCACCAAACCCAUCAAAUCCAGUAAUUGUAUCAUGUGGUUGGGAUAAACUUGUUAAGGUUUGGGAACUUACUAAAUGUAAACUUCGAACAAACCAUAUUGGUCAUACUGGAUACAUCAAUACUGUAACUAUUUCACCUGACGGUUCACUUUGCGCUUCAGGUGGAAAGGAUGGUAUUACAAUGUUAUGGGAUCUUAACGAGGGCAAGCAUUUGUACUCAUUAGAAGCUGGUGAUAUUAUCAAUGCAUUAGUUUUCAGUCCAAAUCGUUAUUGGUUGUGUGCUGCUACUGCAUCAUUCAUUAAGAUUUGGGAUCUUGAAACAAAGACUGUUGUUGAUGAUCUUAAACCAGAAUUUACGGAAACGGGUAAACAAUCGAAAGAUCCUGAAUGUAUUUCACUUGCUUGGUCUCCUGAUGGUACUACUUUGUUUGCUGGUUAUACAGACAAUAAUAUUCGCGUAUGGCAAGUCACUAGGAUGUAAUAUUUUAUAGGAAAAAAAAUAUAUUUAUUAUAAAAAAUAGGUAAUAGGUUAAAAUAGGUUAUUGGUAGAAAAUCAAAAUUAAUAAAUAUUUUUAAAUUUACACCCUUUUGUGAUCUUAUUUUUGAUUGAUAUAAACUUGAUGAGUGAUCAUCGAUUUUACUACGUUUU